AUGGUAGAUAGUGAUAGAGAAGAAGGGGAAGUGGUGGAAGAAAGCAUUAGCAGCACUAUAGAGCAUAGCAGUAGCAUCGAAUAUCGGCGUGCCGUUUUCCUUAUGCCAUUCGGGCGUCGCACAAACCCCCCAACAGAAAUUUACCACACAAAUGGCGGACAUGCUAUGGGGUGUGGCGCACACGCAUGCGUACACUUAACAAAAUCUCUACCACCAUUGUGUAAAUCCGCAACGGAAGCUGAAAAUAAUACGGCAGUAGGUGAGAAGGAAAAUAAAGAAGUUAAAGACAUGAAAGCAGCAUUGAAUGAAGAGACGCCACCAGAUAAUAAGCAGCAGCAGGGCGAUGAUGAAAAGCCCACUGAAAAAAUGGAAAACGAGAAGAAGGAAGAAACCCCAGCCACGGAUGAAAACGCCAUGAAAUCUGCGACCGUCCACAAAACCAAUUACGAUAAGGACACCGUUUAUCUUUAUCAGUUUUCUCGUACUCCGGUAAUACCAUCCAUCUCGCCCUACUGUCUCAAAGUCGAAACAUGGUUGCGGCUCAAUGAUGUUAAAUACGAGAAUGUCGAUCAUAAAAUGAAAUUCCGCUCGAAGAAAGGCCAGCUGCCAUUUAUUGAAUUGGAUGGGACAGAGAUUCCAGAUAGCACGAUUAUUAUUCGAGAAUUGAGCCAAAAAUUCCACAAAGACCUGGAUGCCAAUCUUACUAAUGAACAGCGUAUAAUAUCUCACGCAAUGAUCUCAAUGAUUGAAAAUCAUCUGGUGUGGGUGGUUACCUCGUGGCGUGCCAAGAACACCGACGCGACUCUUAAAGGAUAUCGUGUUAAUUUACAAAAUGCUUUGGGUUCACGUUUGCCCAAUGGAAUUCUCGCUCUCUUCUUCAAGAUUGGCUAUUCACGAAAGUGCGCAAAGAAAGUGAAAGCUCAGGGAUUGGGAGUCCAUACUAAUGAAGAAAUAACUCAAUUUGGUUGUGAUGAUCUUAAAGCUCUCUCUGAGUUGCUUGCCGAUAAACCAUUUUUCUUUGGCGAUGAGCCUACUACUCUGGAUGUUGUAGCAUUCGCUCAUCUUGCACAAAUUUUGUACAUUGAAAAGUCUGUUCCUUACGCAUUGAGAGACUUUAUGCAAGACAACUGCCCGAAUUUAGUUGGACACUGUUCACGUAUGAAGGAACGAUGCUUCCCAGACUGGGAUGAAAUUUGUAAUACACUGGAUCUGAAUACUCAUUUGCCAAAACCACCCAAGGAGGAAACCAAGGAGAGCAAGGAGGAAAAGAAAGAGUCCAAGGACUCCAAGGAAGGUAAGGAGAGUGAUGAAGAAAAAGUUGAGAAAGAAAAGGAAGCCGAGAAAGAUAAGGAAGUUGAGAACAAGGAAAAAGAAGAGAGAGUAGAGGAAAAAUAA